UUUAAAUUAGUUAGCCUAAAAUGAAAUAAUUUCUGGUUCCGACUCAACGACCCAUCAUUGAAAAAAACCCAGGCCUAGCAAAUAAAUGAAAGGAGCUCGCUUGGACCAUGUGACUAAAAUCAUUACUUCGAUUGGCUGCUUGUGACACUAGGCUGUACUGUAGUUGCAGCUUAUAUUCCACAACUGGAGGAGUAAAACUAGGUUAUCGUCAUUGCUGAAAACAUUAGGCUUAUAAAUCUGGAAUAUUAUUUUCCCUAAAACCUGGUGAUCGAAUAAAAUGGCUGUGCCGCCCCAUUUCCUGGGAUCAAUGACGUUAAAGGCACUUUUGGAGGAUCCAAUUCUAAAAAAUCCACCUGUUAUCGGGUUGUCUGGUGAGUUAAAGUGUAUUCAUUCACGACUGUGUGGUGUAAAUAGUGUUAGUGUGCGUGCACUGAGCCUGAGUGUUAAAAAUAGAUGCAAAUUAUGGCUGUUAAAAAAAAAAAAAAAAUUAAAAAUAGAUUCAAAUUAUGGCUUUUAAAAAAAAAAAAAAAAAAACCUUUGAAAAUAUCUGAUUACCAAACGCUUAUUUUAUGGUAUUAAAGUUUAGGCUAAAACUAAAGGAAAUGAUUCAUUCCUUUAUUUUUAAUUUUAUUAUACUUUAUAAAAAAAAAUUAUGGUCAUUUAAAUGUAAAUGUAGGUUAGGUUGGGUCGGGUAGGUCUUAGUUCUCCUGAUGCCCUGGCAAUACUUCGUUAUAGCUCUAGCCCCUAGUUUUCCGUUACUCAUAUUAUGCUUUUUGAAGUAUAAUAUAAGCCUACAUAUUAACGGGGAACUAUUUUUUUUUUCUUUUAAUCGGAAGAUCGUAAAACCAAAUGGCAUUCGUUGUUACCUAACACUGAACAGUUUUUUUUACGACAUAGUAUAGUGAGUUAAAAAAAUAAUCAACACUACUACUACUAAUAUAAUUUAAUGUGAGCAUUGAUGAAUUGAUUACUUUAUAUUUAUUUAAGUGGCAAAUAAGGGCAUACUCAUAUUCUGAUGCAAUAAUUUAAAAAGAAACAUUAAAAUAUGUUGUUUUACGACAUAAAACAUAGGUCAAGGUUCCUGAAACUUAACGCUGAAUGGUAACUUUUCUGGUCAUGCGUCCUGCAACGUGAUAAAUGACGUCAUUUGUGGCUAAAGCUAUUUUUAGAUUAAAGAAGUCAACUCCUAAUAUUCGCUGGAAGUCAAUUAAUAAUAGUCUUCUGGAGAGGGUUGAGGUUAAAACAAAGAAUUCAUGAUUUUAGAAACUCGUAAAGAAGGUAGUUGCUUUGACUCUAAGACUACUCAGAGCUCUGAGACACAUUUUUGAUUUUCAAAAAUAAGGUCAGAUUCCAUAGUCCAAAGAAAUAAAAUUCACAUUAGGCCUAUUGUCUCAAUCUCAGUGUCUGUCCUAUGGUACUUCCUGAACUUAAUCACCUUACUUUGUCGUCAUUUUGUAAAAUAUGGUAUUAUUAAUUACCCUUUUCUAUUGCUACUCUCCAUAGCCUACUCUGUCACCUAUUAAUAAUAUAUUUUGAGCAUUUUUUUUGGACAAAAUCAAAACUAGAACAAGACAUUUCAAUUGUAAAAUUGACUAGAUGAACAUGCAUUUAGUCAUUUAGGCCUACUAUUACUAUUGGUUUAUUACAGGGGUGUCAAACUCAAUCACUCGACGGGCCAAAACUCAAAUCACAUGUAAGGUUGCGUGCCGAACAGGGUGAACAUUAAAUAAACGGAAAAUUAAUCUUUUUUAAAAACAUUUAUAUAAAUGAAAACAGAAAAAAGUUUUGAUAAUUAAAAAUCGUUGGCAUACCCAUUUCGCUCUUAUGAGUCUUAUGGCAAUUUGUCAGAGCUGGAUGUUUGGCCCAUUUUCUUGGCUACAAAAACAAGUAAGUUCGUUUAUGUUGGGAGUAAUAUUAUUUGUCAUUGAGAUUCUCAUUAUGGACUGCAAGUGUUCAUCAUUGAAAUGAAUCCUGUGUGAUGUUUUGUUAAUCUUCAUCACAGAAAAAAGCUGCUCACACAUAUAUGUGCUACCCAACAUGCUCAUGGUUCGAGCCGCAUGUAGACGAAGUUGGGGCUGGGGCAUCUCUUCAGGAAUGAAACGAGUGAACUGUGCCAGCCCAACUGUGUUGUACUUUGCCUUUAGUGUCCACUACACUGCAGCUCUGUUAACUCCAUCUGCAAAUUUACAGGUGCCAUUUUCACGUCUAUGACAAAUGGGUUACGAAACAGCUCAAAAUUACAUAUCUGUGCUUCAAAGUCACCAAAGCGUUGUGCGAACUUGGCGCGAAGUAAGCUAAGUUUUCAGCGAAGUUUGCAUUGGGAAACACCAGCGUUGACUUGGAUAUAAUUGUACGCCAGUCAAGACCUCACAGGCCUGAUAUAAUUGUACAGCGGGCAGGAUGUGGCCUUGAGUUUGACACAUGUUGUUUAUUGUUAUAAUUUUUUAAUAUCAUGAUUCAUGAUAAAAAUAUUUGGUAACUGGUUUUUGAAAAUCAAAUGCUGGUUUCGUUUAACAUCCUUAGUCAUGCUCAUAUUGUCUUCUGUACAUAUUAUAGUAAGGGCUAAAUGUUAUUUGUUAAAUUUUAAUAAUCAUAAAUAAUUAUUACAAAGUGAUCUACAUGAUUGCAUGUUUAAAUAUUGAAAAUUACACUUUUCACAACACUCCCAUUACUCCCUACAUUUGUUAUAACUUGUCUGCUCCAUUGGGUAGCCAGGUAUUUGCUCCAUGAGUGGACAGGGUUACCGGGGCAGGUGUUUUUUCUAUUUUUGACAGCCCUUUUAGUUACUGUAAGCAAAUACUGUUGCUUGAUUUAAAAUCAAAAUAACCAACAACCCAUUGUUCUUAAAAAUACCACAUUCACUCAAAUUUGUUUUGUUACCUCGUUCUUACAUAGCUAGAACUUGAACUUUGAAGGAUUUUUUCAAAAGAAGCACUGACAUGCAUCUCUUAAUUAGCCUGCUAAAAGUACCCAGCAAAGAAUAAUGGAACGUCCAGCUAAGAGUGAAAUAGCUUGACUUAAAUCAAUGACUAACGUCCAGCAAAGAGUGAAAUAGCUUGACUUAAAUCAAUGACUAAGUUGAUGCCAGGGGACCUUCAGAAAUUUUUCCUACCAAAAGCAUACCUUUCCCUAAAAAAACUGUAUUCUCCUUAAUUUAAAGAAAUAAAAUGAUAUUUUUGGUUUGUUUAUUCGUUGAUUUUUAAAUUGUUAACUUGCCGAUCGUUGAUUUUUAAAUUGUUAACUUGCCGACCCCUGACUUUUUUCAUAUAAAAACUUUUUUAGAUAUAUUAAAAUGAUGAAAUAGACUACAUGUGAACAAUCAAAUUCCUUUUUUAGCAAGUGAUCAACUUAAAGGCAAGAAAGAAAAUGAUGGAUCUGAUUUGCCCCAGUUCAACUAUGGUUCAGCCUUUCUUGGUCCCAAUCUGUGGGACAGGAGUGUUGAUAACUCUGAUUUUAACCUGGAGUACAUGGACCUUGAUGAAUUUCUAUCAGAAAAUGGCAUUCCUAUUGUUGGGGAUGAGACCUUAAAAGUCACCAAUCCAGUGGAUGCCAGUUUGCCUGGUGAGUGGUUGUGGAUCAUGGGUUAUGAUUUAGGAUUCAUAAAGUUAAUUAGUAUGAAAAUACAUAAUGUAUGUGGACCUGAAAUUAAUUUUUUAAGGGAUGAAUACGUACAUUUUCAGAAUGUUAUGUUAUUAAUGUAUAAACCCACACCAUUUAGUAUGUACCAUUCUUAUUUUUUUAUUAAAACAUUUUAAUUUGUAGAAUUUAAAUAAAGACUAUCUGGAUUUUACAGGUGUGACCAACCAACCGCCUUUAUCACCCCGUGAGUACCUCAAAUCUCCACCAAUGAGCCCCUCCCAGUAUCUCAAACCAAGUGCCCCCAGUCCAGAUAAAUUUGAAACUCCACCCCAGCAACCUGUCAGCAAGAGUCCAUCGCCUCCUGUCAGCCCGUUCAAUGUGGACUUUCAAGUCAGUGAGCAGGAUCUUGCUCUGACAGCGAUUCCAGGUACUGCUUUUUAAUGUCUUAUUUGUGUAGAGGUAUAAGAUAAUUAUUUGUUUCUUUAAUGAGUCAUUAUUAAAAAUCUAAUGAGUUAUAAUUAGAAAGCAAAUGUAAACAUAACAUAAUUUCCCCGCAGCUAUUUGUACUAAAAGCAUUUAUUAAUUAAAUAUUUUAAAAUUUAGUGACUUGAUAUUUAUUUAUUACACCUAACAGACCUCGAACAUUGACAUUCUUUCAAUGUACUCAAUUUUUGUCCCAACUGAUAGAUAAAAAUAGUAUUAAAAAAAUAUGCUAAAUUAACAAUCAUACAAUGUAUUUGGGGCCAGAAGUUUAUCUGGCACAAAACUCAAAGAAUAAAUAUUAAAUCAAAUAAUUUAAAUUCUUAGUUUUACUUCACUAAUUGGGACACCAAAAUAUAACAAGAUAUAUCAUUAUGGGAAACAGUUUUAUUAACUUCAUUUCAGGAACAAUGGAUAUGAUUUAUGAUAUAAACCAGUUUUCAACUUGCAAAUCAUCCCAAAAGGAAAAGGGUUGCCCGGCAAUAGCCUUCCAUGUUUCAUUGAAAUAUGUAGACCACAUUAGUUAAAAUAAUUCCAACAAAACAAGAAUAAGUCUCAGAAAAUAUAAUGACAUGUUUCUUAUAUGCUGAAAAAAUAUGUUUCGAAAUUUCAGUGCAAACAAUUUUAGAUUAAUGCAUCACCUCAUCCUAACAGGCAUUUGAUUCUAUCUGUUGUUUCAGUUGCACACAUCUAGUAUUUCAAUUAUUGUUUCAAUUGAAGUCAUCUAGUUUGCCUUCAAGAGAUUUAUCUUUUUAAUAACAGAAUAAGAAAAUAUUUGAUCCAUUUAAAAUUUACAGAUCAUUUUUUUACACUAUGUUUUAUAUUGAAUUGUUACUUUUGUGCUCUAAAAAAAAAUAAAAGCAGUAUUCAAUACAUUAUAACUAAUGACUAUUAUUCCAUUAGACACCAUAUAAUUUGUAUGGAGGAAAUCAAUAGGUGUUUUAUAGUUAGUAUCAGUAUCAAAGCAAAUAGUUUUCUGAUUAAAUAAACAUAUGAAUUAUGUAAAGUUAAUCCAACAUACCUGUAAACCUUUCACAACCCAAUGGUGUGUCAAAGGCUCAUGUGUUACAUGUGUGUCAAACUCUUGUGUGUGAAAUGUGUGUCACUCCUGUGUCAAAUGUGUGUCAAAACACACAGUUGGUCAUUGUCAGCUUCAACAAUUAAUAUAAGCACCAAUUAAAAAAACCAAAAAAAAACAAACAAAAAACAAAUGCUGUGCUAGCAUUCCAAUAAAAGAUCCUUCCUUAAACAUUAACAUACCCUUUGAAUGUGAAUACAUUUUUGGUACUGGACAAAAGUAACCAUUGACACCUAUUUAAACUAUGUGGGCACGUGGAUGUAAGGAUGUGCUGUGAGGAUAAAAAGAGUAAUGAGAAAAUUUGAAACAACUUGGACACUUGCUGAUAGGACCAUAGUUGCUCUUUGCAGGACCAAAGAUUCUCAUGUCUUUUUUUUUUUUCCAUGAUAAAAGAUAGUCAUAGUUUUUUUUUAAAGAUCUGCAACAAACUCACCUGUGAGAAAGAUCUGGUAAUUUAUUUUCUGUGUGUGGCCUUUAGUAAUUCCUUUUUAUUAAUAAGGUCCACAUAUUAGCAGUGCUGGACUUUGAUAAUUUACCGUAGUGCACAUAAACUUGGGUAAGUUUAUCUGCUUUCUUGUGUCUGUGUCAAUUUAUUGUAUGACUUUUGAAAUCUUUCACCAGAUUAUGGUGAAGAUUCUUCGACCUAUGUAUGACUUUUGCAAUCUUUCACCAGAUUAUGGUGAAGAUUCUUCGACCUAUGUUCCUAAAUGGCAAGCACGGAGUGAGGAAAAAGGAAAGAAAAAUGGUCAGUGGGGCGCCAGUUAGUUAGUUAGUUAGCAGCAGCUUGGAGGUUCAAACUAGUUCUGUGGUCAGUGGGGCGCCAGUUAGUUAGUUAGUUAGCAGCAGCUUGGAGGUUCAAACUAGUUCUGUGGUCAGUGGGGCUCCAGUUAGCAGCAGCUUGGAGGUUCAAACUAGUUCUGUGGUCAGUGGGGCUCCAGUUAGCAGCUUGGAGGUUCAAACUAGUUCUGUGGUCAGUGGGGCGCCAGUUAGCAGCUUGGAGGUUAAAACUAGUUCUGUCCACAUUGUCAUGGAGUGGCACUUAAGACUGUGCUUGCACUUUAACCAAUGGAAUAUACAAAAACUUUGAACAAUUAUUUAUAUAUUCUUUGAAGACUUGUUUACUGGGGGAUUAUAGGCUGCUUACUACAAACCAUAAUGGUAUGAGUAUUUUGUAUAAUUUGUAUUUAUUUUAUCCCUUUGCUUUAAAAUUCAUUGUAAAAAUUUUUAAAAUGUUUUUUUUUAUGCAUUGCAUUAGGAUAGCCAUUCAUAGAGAGCCUAACUAUAAUCCCACACAAAUUUAAUGGCAUCAUCUGAAUUAUAUAUUUUUUGGUGCAGUAUUUAAUUCCUCCCUAAGAAUUGUUUCCUUUUUGGGUUAUUGCAUUCAAAUUCUAACUGGGUUCUUCUUGACUCUUGGCUUGGAGGCAGCCACAAUCCACUGUGUCGAUAGAGGUGCAUUUUAAUAACUUUCAAGGAAAUAAACUUCUUAAAAACUCCUUAAUAAUUAAAGUGUAUUAAAGGAAUUUUAAAAAUUCAACACUUAAAAUGAUACCUUGGGAAUCUACCAUAUAAAGUUAAUCCUGAUACAGGCAACUGUUAUAAUCAUCAGGGUGUGGCUACCUUUUAAUUUAUUUCAUUUACAGAUUCAAUAAGCAUCAGUUGGAAUUUGGCAAAUUAAUUUUGAAAGGAUGUGUUUUUAAGAAUGUACUGAUUCAUAUAGCUACUAAUUUCAAAUACACAUUGCAGUAAUUACUCGUAUAUAAGGUUUAAUGCAAAGAUUAAUACAUAUCAAAUAUGGCUUACGACUUACAGUAAACAUUGUUUUGAUAUUUUAUUUUAACAUCAAGAGUUUGCAAGACAGAACUUAUAUUAUAAAUAUAGUGUAACCCAUUUUGUAAAUCUUUUUGUAAAUAAAAGACAACCUAAAUUGCAAACCCAGGACAACCUAUAAGGCAAACCCGGGACAAACUAUAUUGCACCCCAGGAAAAUCUAAAGAGUGAAGCUGAAAUGAGAUAGGCCAUGAGUAAUAUUCACUAAUAAUGCUUUUUUUGACAAAGUCCUUUUAGAAUAUCUGGGCAGACCGUAAGGGCUGGAUGGAUCAUGACAUAAUGAAGGGUGCUCUACAUGAUUGCAUGUUGAUAUAUUGCAAAGUACACUUUCACAAAACUCCCAUUACUCCCUAGGGUGUAGGAACAAAAUAUCUCACAAAUUAAUACAAACGGAUAUGUCAUACAUUCAAGACUGAAUUUUUUGUGUGGAAGUGUAACUAGUAACAUGAAUCACAAAACUGUUGCUUUUCUUACAAUGGCCGGUUAUAUUAAUUUGAGACUCCCAUAACCAUAGUCUUUGGUGAAAAUUUGGAUGAUCUCAAUUGCACAAUUAUUUACAUCAUUGAGAAGCAUGUAACUGACAAUUUUCUGACAUGUGACUGACAAUUUUCUGACAUGUAACUGACAAUUUACUGACAUGUAACUGACAAUUUACUGACAUGCAACUGACAAUUUACUGACAUGUAACUGACAAUUUUCUGACACAUGACAUUUAGUUGAUGCUCAAAGAUAGUUUGCCCUGUUACCGAAGUUGGUUUCAAGCCAAGUGCUUAUCGGAUAAAGCCACUCCAUAACCAGAUUUCACACAUCUCAUUUCUGAAAACCACAAUCUUACUGACACCGCUUUGUUUUCAUGUGCACAAUGAAGUAACCACAAUCAAAAGUUUCAUCUUACUUUCAUUUUGAUGGUUUAAUUAAACUAGACCUAUCCUUUCCCACUCAGGUCAAGAAGGGUUUGACCCACGGAGAAGAAACUUCACAGAAGAAGAGCUCAAGCCACAGCCCAUUAUAAAAAAAUCCAAAAAGGUAACUUGAAAUAUCCAUAGAAAAGUUGCAGAGCUCUUAAUACCACAACGUUCCCAAAAAAAUCUCAAUUCAUCAAUAAAUUUUUUUCCUUUGGCUAAUGGGGCUGUCAACAGGUGCACCAGCACCUGCCUGAGCCUAAAUCAUCUAACUGCCCUGGCCAUCUUGGGCGGAAGAUUUUAAGAAAUUAUUGUAAAAAAAACAUGAACACUUAAAUUUCUAAUAAAAUUUUUGUGAUUUUUAAGAAAUAAAUACAUGAAAUUAUUUAUUCCCAUGUGUCUAAAUACUCUAAAUGAGUUCUGGCACGCCCUGACACACCUCUCUCAUUGUUAUACAAAAAUAAAAAUUUAAUCUCAAGUUAUUUUGUGUGUGCCAACAGUUGAUACAAGUUGAAAUUACUGAACACUUAAACUUAAAAUAAUAUUUUAGCUGUACACCUAAAUGGUCAUCACACUAACAGAUGCUGCCAGAUAUCUCGGCAGUAUUCUCGGCUAAGAUGUUUUUUAAGGAAAUUGUUGUCAAAUGUCAAAGAAAGGCUGAUUGGCAAUUCCAGGGGUUUGCAACAAUCUAAUUAUUUAUUUAAGUUUAUGUACUCAUUUAAAACUAGCAGUAUCAAAGUUAGAUUUGGAGUCAAUCAGUGAAUUAGAAAUAUUAUUCAUACCAUUUAAUAAGCCCAUUCUAUUUUGUUCAAUCUUUCUUUUAGAUAUUUGUCCCAGAUGACUUGAAAGAUGAAAGAUAUUGGGCUCGUCGCCAUAAAAAUAAUUAUGCGGCAAAGCGUUCACGGGACGCUCGUCGGGUCAAAGAAAAUCAGAUUGCAUUACGAGCUGCAUUUUUGGAAAAAGAAAAUUCAUGUCUGCGAGAUGAAAUGAACAAACUCCGAAAGGAAAAUGCAAAACUUAAAUCAAAAGUGGCCAAGUAUGAAGGCUCGGCCAUUGAUGACGUGGGCAUUUCUCAAUAAGGACUUGGAUGUUACUUAAAAAGUGCAUAUUUUCAUGACUAAGGAUUGGGCAUAGACAAUUUAAUUUUUCAUUUUCGCUAAAUGAAAAAAUACAAAAAGCAGUUUUUAGUCUAGAUAGUUGUUUAUUUUAAGCCAGAUACUCUGGAAUCUAGAUCAAUGAAAGUACUAUGUACUUUGCUCAAAGUGCACAAAUCACAGCAUCAAAUAUACCAGAAUGGCGGUAGGCACUUCAUAAAAAAAAAUAAUUAACUGUAUUUAAAUUUAUAAUCACUCCAUCUUAUCAUUUUCCAAUAUAGAAAUUCUGUAUGAAUACUAACAAGUACUAUCACCUUCUGUUAGGAUGCCAAUCACGUCUCCAGCAGGAAACAAUUGGAUGGCAAAUUGUUUGCUUUCAUUUUUAAAAAAUGUUAAUGAAAUUUUCUGAUAAAAUUGUUGUAAAUACAUUUUGUUUUUGAAAACUGAAGGUUGAUCACAACCAUGAGAAAGUGAAUGGAAAGGAGAAGAAAAUAGGUUGAUGACAACCAUGAGAAAGUGAAUGGAAAGGAGAAGAAAACAACCCAAAAAUACUAGAAGCAAUUGACACGAAGUGUGCCCACCAUUUUAAAGGGGUCUUACGUCCAGUUGGGUCUGACCUCUAGUUGGGUCAGUGUGUCCACCAUUUUAAAGUGGUCUGACGUCCAGUUGCGUUAGUUUGACCACCAUUUUAAAGGGGUCUGACGUCCAGUUGAGCUACUUUGACCACCAUUUUAAAGGGGUCUGACGUCCAGUUGCGCUACUUUGACCACCAUUUUAAAGGGGUCUGACCUCCAGUUGCGCUACUUUGACCACCAUUUUAAAGGGGUCUGACCUCCAGUUGCGCUACUUUGACCACCAUUUUAAAGGGGUCUGACGUCCAGUUGAGUCAGUGUGCCCACCAUUUUAAAGGGGUCUGACCUCCAGUUGGGUUAGUCGUGUUCACCCUAAAUAGUCUCCCUUACAUGAAAGAGGUCUUGCGGAUUGCCCCUAUGACAGUUUGAUAGUCCCCAAUCACAGUUUGAUAGGGCCAUUCACAGUUUGAUAGGGCCCAAUUAGAGUUUGUCAUAUAUGCCUUUUAACCCUUCAAUAUUGUGAUAUGUUUUACGGUGUUAUUGAAAAGUAAAUGUAUCUUAUUAAAUAUAAUUCAUUUUAUAACAUAAAAUUCAUUCACACAAGUGACAUUACAGACAACACAUGUAUGAAGUUCAUUUCUUUGUGAAUAUUUAGAAAUCUGCUCGAUGUCUACCGUAGGCUUAGUUACACAAUGAAGAGUUUUGUGUCGUUCUUGUUAAGGUUCAUAUGAGGUGUGUUGUGAGAUGUGUUGGUCUUGAAAUUAAUCUUCUAGAGCAGUGUUCCCCAAAUGGUGGUCCGUGGACCGGUGUCGGUCGACAAGCCUUACAUUCUGGUCCGCACGACAUGAAUAUUUAUGGUCAAAUAAAUAGAAAAUGUAAUGAAUAAAUCUGCUGCAACUUUGAAACUUGUCCAAUGGUCCGCUAAACUGAAAGGAUUGGGAAACACUUCUAGAGAUCUACUUUACAAAUAUAGUUUUAUUUUUACCUGGACUUGUUUAAAAGUGUUACAAAAAUAAAUAAAAAGAUGUAA